AUGUGGAUUUGGGAUUGGUUCCAAGACGUAUUGGCCUCGCUUGGCCUCUGGAAUAAGCACGCCAAAUUGUUGUUUCUUGGUCUAGAUAAUGCCGGUAAAACCACUUUAUUGCAUAUGUUAAAAAAUGAUAGAAUGGCCACUCUACAGCCUACUUUACACCCUACAUCAGAGGAACUCUCUAUAGGAAAUGUUAGAUUUACCACCUUUGAUCUUGGUGGUCACCAACAGGCUAGAAGGUUGUGGAAGGACUAUUUUCCUGAGGUUAAUGCCAUUGUUUAUUUGGUGGAUGCUGCAGAUUCCGAGAGACUCGAAGAGUCAAAGACUGAAUUGGAUGCGUUAUUCGCUAUGGACGAGUUGGCCAAGGUUCCUUUCUUGAUUUUAGGAAACAAGAUUGACUCUCCAAAGGCCGUCAGUGAGAAUGAAUUGAGGCACUUUCUUGGCUUGUACAACACAACUGGUAAAGGUAAGGUCCCUUUGAAUGAUGUCAGACCUGUCGAAGUGUUUAUGUGCUCCAUCCUUUUGAGACAAGGUUACGCUGAAGGUUUCAGAUGGUUGUCCCAGUAUAUCUGA